CUGAUGAGGAGGCUGCAGCUCCCCAAGGAACCAGUGCCCCUGCGCAGCAGCUCGGUGUCGAUGUUGAUCCGAGGCUUUGUGGCUGACGUGGGCUGCGAGCUGCUCUACAGGAACGAGGAGCCGGGGCCCGUGGAGGCCGUGUUCAAGUUCCCCGUGGAUGCCGAGGCAGCUGUCUACGCCUUCGAGGCCUGGCUGAGUGGGGCCUGCAUCCAGGCCCAGCUCCACGAGAAGAAACAGGCACAGGAGCUGUACGGGGACGCACUGGCCGGGGGGCAGAGCUUGUUUCUGCUGCAGCAGGAAGGGGCCGGGGGCGACAUGUUUAGCUGCUCCCUGGCGAAUCUGCCUCCCGGGGAGGAGGCAGUGCUGACCCUGCGCUACAUCUGCAAGCUGCCGCUGGAGCCUGACGGGGCUGCCCACUAGGUGCUGCCGACCGUGCUGCGUCCCCGCUACACACCCCAUUGGUGGGACGGGCAGGAUGUCACCCAGGGGGUCCUGUGGGUCCCCCAGCGGGAACUGCCCUACACCCUGAGCCUGAGCGCCACGCUGCAGUCGCCCCAUGGCAUCACCCGCGUGCUCUCCAACUGCCCCCUCACUCCCCUGAGCUAUACAGCUGGGAACCGAACCACUGCCCAGGAAAGGGCUCACCUGGACGCCUGGGUCCUGGCCAUUUCCACUGGGAGGAUGGGAUUGUGUGGAGAUGACUGUGUCUGUCGCCCCUCAGGUGUCACUGGCCCAGGACCCCCGUGGGACCAGGACGUGGAGCUGCUGGUGUAUUAUGCGGAGCCACACAAACCUAACAUGGUGCUGGAGGCCGGGCUGCCUGGAGCCAAGCCAGGCUCCCUGAUGGGCGACCCGGCUGUGAUGGUGACUCUGCUCCCCAGAGUGCCCGAGGUGGUGCCAGCCCAGAGCCGGGCCUGGGAGUUCAUACUCCUGCUGGACUGCUCCGGCAGCAUGGCGUGCCCCAUGGACAGCAGAGACCUCUUCCGCCAGCGCAUCAAUAGCGCCAAGGAGACCCUAAUCCUGCUGUUGAAGAGUUUGCCCCUGGGCUGUUAUUUCAACAUCUAUGGCUUUGGGUCUGAGUUCGAGUCCUUCUACCUGCAGAGCAUGGAAUAUACCCAGCUGACCAUGGCCGAGUCCCUGCAGGGCGUUCAGCUGCUCCAGGCUAACCUGGGGGGCACCAAAUUCUUGGAGCCACUACAAGCCAUUUACCGCAGCCCAUGCCGGGACGGGCACCCACAUCAGCUGUUCGUGUUUACGGAUGGGGAGGCAGAGAACACCCAGGAUGUCAUCACAGAGGUGUGGCGUCACCAGGGGACCCACAGGUGCUUCUCCUUCGGCAUCGGGGAUGGGGUUUCCACAGCUCUGAUCAAAGGCAUCGCCCGGGCAGCAGAUGGCAGUGCCGAGUUCAUCACUGGCCAGGACCGCAUGCAGCCCAAGGUGAGAACCCAGGAGCUGCCUGUUUACCGGCUGGCAGCCAAGUCGCUGCUGCUGGAGCUGGAGGGGGCCGUGGGCGCUGGGUCAGAAGUGGCCCGGCACCGGGCAGUGGAGACCAGUCUGAGCUUGGGGGUCAUCUGCUCCCUCACGGCCUAUGUGGGGGUGAACAUGGAGCGGGGGCAGCUGGUGCAGGGGCUGCUGGUGAGAUGGGACGUCCCACUGGCAGAUUUCAUCAAGGAAUAUAUGGAGAUGAUAGACUGCGUCUCGAUAAGGGAAGUCUUAAUAGACCGUAUCUAUGAGUGGCCAGUGAGCAGAGUGCGCCUAGGUGAACCGAACUACCGCAGCGUCUUCGGGCGCCUGUCCCAUGACUUGCAUGUGGCACAGCGGGCACCAGAGGAGUCUGCCUUGCUGAGGCUGGUGUCUCUGCAAAAUGCUGACAGUUCGUGGGACCUGGACCCCCGGUUGGCUGCCAUGCUGUGGGUGAGUGAGACCGAUGCCUGGGAGAGGAUACCCAUAGAGGACAUGACCCCCAGCAUCUGGGCCAUGGUGCUAGCCGUGGUCUGGCUGCACGACCGGGCCAUGGGGCAGCGUGAUGAGUGGGAGCUGCUGGAGGCCAAGGCUGUGGGUUGGGUGUGGGACCGAGCAGGGGCCCGGCUGAGUGAGUGCCUGGAAGCCGCCAACACCCUGCUGGACUGCAGCGUUGGCCCUGCUGUCUUUGGGCUCUGAGCCCCCCUGGGAUCCCUGUAUCUGCUCCCCAAACUACCUUGGGCAUUCAACUUGGAGCUCCAAGAAGUUGCUGCGCUGACCUCGCCCUGCAUGAGCCAUCCAGUGUAAACCUAGUCCCAUCUCUGUGGAGUUCAGCUAUUGGACAGACAGACAGACCAACAGAAUCUAUGCUUGUCCAAAUGCGACCUCAUUUUGUCAUAGUGGCAGA